AUGUGUGAUGAGUUUAAAAAUUCAAUGAUGUUGGAGUUUGAUAUGUCUGAUUUGGGGAAAAUGAAGCAUUUUCUUGGAGUAGAAGUGAAACAAUGUGCAGGUGGAAUAUUCAUUUGUCUAAGAAGAUAUUCAAAGGAGGUUUUAGCUAGAUUUGGUAUGGAGGACAGUAAUGUUGUGAAAAAUCCCAUUGUACCGGGUACAAAAUUACGCAAAGACGAGGGAGGUGUUACCAUUGAUGAAACUCUGUAUAAGCAAGUGGUUGGAAGCCUUAUGUAUUUGACUGUAACUAGACCUGACAUGAUGUUUGGUGUUAGUUUAAUAAGCAGGUUCAUGGCUAGGCCUACUAUGGCACAUUGGCUGGCAGCAAAGAGGAUUUUAAGGUACUUAAAAGGUACAAUUAAUCUGGGUAUCUUUUACAGGAAGCAAGAAUACAAUCUAAAAAUGGUGGCCUUCAUUGAUAGUGAUUAUGCCGGUGACUUAGACGAUCGAAGAAGCACUUCCGGAUUUGUGUUUAAAUUGGGAGCGAGAGCUAUUUCUUGGGCCUCAGAGAAACAGCCGGUUGUCGCUCUCUCCACCACGGAGGCGGAAUACAUGGCAACAACUUUAUGUGCGUGUCAAUGUGUUUGGCUUAGAAGAGUGUUGGAAAAGAUUGAAGUCGAGGAAAAAACAGCAACUAUGAUCAUGUGCGACAAUAGUUCUACUAUACAACUAUCCAAAAAUCCUGUGUUUCACGGAAAAAGUAAACAUAUCGAUGUGAAAUUCCACUUUCUUAGGGACUUAGUAAACAACAGAGUUAUCAAGUUGAGCUAUUGUGCUUUUGAGAAUCAAACUGCAGACAUUAUGACGAAAUCAUUGAAAUUGGAACAAUUUGAAAAGCUUCGUGGGAUGCUUGGAGUUACGGAUUUUACUGAACAAUUCCUAGUUUUUAGGAAAGACCUAUUCUUCCUAAAGAAUAUGCUAUUUGUUAUUCUAAAACUAACAGAUUUAUCAUGGCAUCAUGAACAUGAAGAGGUUUGGAGUGGCAUGGAGAACUUUGAGGAUCAUAAAAAUGGGAGCUCUUAA